AAAAUUCAACCCCACCAACAUCCAGCUCUCAACACCACUGCAAUGGGAAAAGCAAAGCAAGGGAAGCGCAAUAGUGCGGCAGCUUCCUCGUCUCCCUACGCCAAAGCGCAAGCUACCACAAACAACGUCUUCAAAUUUAACACCAACGUCGGCCAGCACAUCCUCAAGAACCCGGGAGUCGCAGAAGCCAUUGUCACAAAAGCGAACCUCAAACCCGAAGAUGUGGUUCUCGAGGUCGGUCCCGGUACGGGGAACUUGACCGUGAGGAUAUUGGAGAAGGCGAAGAAGGUCAUCGCCGUCGAGUUGGAUCCCCGAAUGGCGGCGGAGGUGACGAAGAGAGUGCAGGGGAAGCCGGAGCAGAAGCGAUUGGAGGUUCUGCUUGGGGAUGUGAUCAAGACCGAGUUGCCGCAUUUUGAUGUUUGCAUUAGCAAUACACCUUACCAGAUUUCAAGUCCUCUAGUUUUUAAAUUGCUUGCCCUCAAGGAUCCUCCUCGAGUCUCAAUCCUCAUGUUCCAGCGCGAAUUUGCUCUCCGGCUGACGGCGCGACCGGGAGAUGCUCUCUAUUGUCGGUUGUCGGUGAACGCGCAGUUCUGGGCGAAGAUCACACAUGUCAUGAAAGUCGGGAAGAACAACUUCAAGCCGCCUCCCCAAGUCGAAUCUUCUGUUGUUCGGAUAGAGCCGAAGAUGGGCGCCGAAAGACCUGGAGUUAGUUGGGAUGAAUGGGACGGAAUGUUGCGAAUUUGUUUCGUGAGGAAGAACCGAACUAUGAGAGCAAGUUGGUUGGGCACAAAGGAAGUGCUGGCCAUGGUGGAGAGGAAUUACAGAGUUUACUGCGCGAUGAACAACAUUGCAUUGGACGAGACUGUAAUUGGGGAAGAGGAAGAAGAUAUGGACGUUGAUGAGGGAAUUGGGGCUGGUGAUGGGGGAGAGGAGUGGGAUGGGAUUAUGGAGGUGGACGACGAGGCCGACGAGACACCCUCAUUCUUCAAGGAGGAGGCUGAAAGGGCAGCGAGAGAGAAUCCAGCCAAAACAAAGAGCAAGAGGAAGAAGACCAGAGUCGCCGAAUUGGUCCGAGAGAAGAUCCGAAAAGUUUUGGAGGAUGUUACGGAGUUGGCUGACAAGCGGGCUGGGAAGUGCGAUGAGAAUGAUUUCUUGAAGCUUUUGUUUGCUUUCAAUCAGGAGGACAUACAUUUUGCUUGAUUUUGGGCUGCGCUCAAAAGGAAAAGUUCUGAUUUAGCAUGGCGUUGGUGCGAAUUCAUAACCAGGGAAAGUAUCCCCAGUUGAUAGCUUCUUUCCUCGUUGGCUAAAUAUCUGGUCUAGUAGAUGAGUAUAUAGCAUCGUUGGCUUAUUUGAAUGUUUGUCCCAGGUCUCGUCCCAUGUUGCAAUUAAGUGAUUCUUGCUAUAACCCCUACAAAGGAAGCACAAGAAGAGUCUUGGGGAAAGAUAGGG